UGUUCUGUUUCAUACACCAAAGCAGACUGUCUGACUAGCCGGCUAGCAAAGCGAAAGGGCAGAUACCGGUUUAACUUAGCAAAAUGGAAAGAGUCCUUUGUGAAACACACGGCAGUACUUGCUUUUUGAAGACUGGGGUGAAGAAAGGACCGAAUCAGGGCAAGAGCUUCUACGUUUGCACUGCACAGGAUGCGACACCAUGCAACUUUGCACAGCCUGCUGAAGUUCCACCUUCUCACUGUCUUCGCCAUGAAGAUGCAUUGGUUGAACUUCAGGCCUUAGUUCACAAUGAAGCACAAGGCAGUUACAGGUUGCUGUAUCGCUGUGUAACAGGAAAGAAAGAGGGACACAAGUGGUGUGGGAGUAUUCCAUGGUCAGAGAAGGACAGUGAGAGGAGUCCUUUGUCAGACAAAAGGAAUCAGCCUUCCAUCCUACCUCCUGUCAGAAACCCUUUCAAAGCCCCUAACAAAGUAGACCAAACCUCAGAGUGGAGAAAACUUCAAGAGGCAGACGUGGGGAGUGCAAAGGUGACGAAGUCAGGUAAAUAUAUAGAUAGUGAGAGCCACAAGAAGACCAAAGAAGAUAAAAAGCACAACAAGGAAGCAGAGGAAGAACAGAAUAGCAAAUGCAACUCUAAGGGUGCAGCUGCAUUGGAUGGUGAAAUAGCCAGUUCUGCACAGCAAGAGUCCUGGAGAAACAAGAAACUUCCUCCUGGAAUGAAGAUAAAAAAGCGAGCAUCUGAUGAAGAGAGGAAGCGCAGUAGCGGUGGCGAAGUAACUGCUAGCACAGCAGAGAGUUCAGAGGGCACUGAGGGCUCUAGCAGUAAGUGUGAGAAAAUAAAGGAGCAACAAACUGAGAAACAGACUAAAUCUUCUACCCCCAGAGCCCAUGAUGAAGAAAAAAGAGAGGAGGGAGCAGUCACAGAGACUCUUCCCUCCAGAGUCUCACAACAAAAGCCCUCUCAAAAAGCUGAGAGGUAUAGUGAGAAAACUGCUGCCAGUGACAGCGUGAAAGAAAAUAUCACCUUUAGCAAGAGUGUUACACCAAGUGUAGACUCUCGGCCACAGGUUGUUACUAAAAAGACCCACAGUCCACAAAGUGGCAAGCCAAGCAGCCCAACCUCUACAUUAGAAGGUGUUUCAGCUUCUGCAAAGCCAGUUAAAAAUAGUUCCCAAGACACAGUGUCAGGUGAGAGCCAGGACAAGAUUCAGAAAAGCAAGAGCACAGUAAACUCUCCAUUUGGAGAGUGGAGUGAUGAAGAUGAUGAUGUUCAGCUGGUGUCAGUGCAGCCAGGCCCUGAGCAGACAUCCAAGGCUCCAGUUGCACCUGUGCAGAAAACCCUCACCUCCUACCCAGGCUUCCAGCCCGCAUCAAAAGUCAAGAGUCAAGAUGAAGAUCCUAAAGCUCUGCACAGCCAGCUUACUGCCCAGCUUAAACAGAAGAAGGCCACUCUCUCAGCAGUGAAUGUGUCUGCUCUUCCUGAUAAAGGAGAGAGGCUGAAGAGCCAAGUGAAGGAGUUGGAAGAUGCUUUGGAGGCUUUGAGUCUGACCAAUGUUGCUCUCACUGAUUCUCAGGAUGCAGACAGUAGCACGCAGCAGAAACCUCUGCCCAGCCAGUCCAACCCUUUUAGCCGACCAGGAGGCACUGUCUUUUUAGCAGAAGCACCAGUCCUAUUCCAGCAGAAAUCCUCUGCUAGCGCCUUAGAAUUGCAUCUCAGUCAGGGUUACACACAGAUGUAUGGAGUAAAUCCUCAAAACCAGGCUUUCUAUGGAGGCAGGAUGACUGAGAACAGACUGCUUGCUGUGCGCAAUGCCACAACUGAGGCAAUUGACCACCUACAUCACUCCUUGGAGUCCUGCCCUUCUGCCGACACAGAAGCACAGGAUCCCAAAGGAAUCAAGGUCCCAUUAUUGCCUCACCAGAGAAGAGCCCUGGCCUGGAUCCUGUGGAGGGAGACCCAGAAACCCUGUGGUGGUAUUCUGGCCGAUGACAUGGGUCUGGGAAAGACCCUGACCAUGAUUGCUCUCAUUCUGGCCCAGAAGAAGAAGAAGGAUGCCAAGGACACUGAGCUGGAGGGAUGGAUCUCCAAGACUGACUCAUCUUUGGUGGCAUCUCAGGGAACUCUGAUUAUCUGUCCUGCCUCUCUGGUGCAUCACUGGAAGAAAGAGAUAGAAAGACAUGUAAAGAACAGUCGACUCAGUGUGUAUCUCUACCAUGGGCCCAACCGACAGAGGAGUGCGAGCGUACUGGCUGAGCAUGAUGUGGUAGUCACCACAUACAGUUUGGUCUCUAAAGAGAUCCCUGUUCAGAAAGAAGAUGCAGAACGUCCCAGUGAAGAUGCUGAGCCUACGGCAUCGGACAUGGGCCCUCUCUUGCGUGUUGCCUGGGCUCGUGUGGUUCUGGAUGAGGCUCACAACAUCAAGAACCCUAAAGUCCAGACCUCCAUGGCGGUGUGCAAGCUGCGGGCCAGAGCACGCUGGGCUGUUACUGGAACACCCAUCCAGAACAACCUGUUGGACAUGUACUCACUGCUGAAGUUUUUGAGGUGCUCUCCCUUUGAUGAAUAUAAACUGUGGAAGGCUCAGGUAGACAACGGCUCAAAAAGAGGAGGAGAGAGGCUCAACAUCCUCACCAGGUCUCUGCUGCUCCGCAGGACCAAGAACCAGCUGGACUCUACAGGCAAACCUCUGGUGUCUCUGCCUGACCGAAGCUGUGAAGUUCACAGAGUGAAACUGUCUGAAGAAGAGCAGUCAGUUUAUGAUGUAGUAUUUGCACAAUCCAGGUCCACCCUUCAGUCCUACCUAAAUAGGCAUGAAGGAGGAGACACUAAACAAGGAUACAGUGGCAACCCAUUUGAGAAAGUUGCACGUGAGUUUGGAAUGUCCCAGCAGGAGAAGGUAUCUUCCUCUCAACACACCCAGGGUUCCAGCACCAUUCACAUCCUGUCUCUGCUGCUGCGCCUCAGACAGUGCUGUUGUCACCUGUCCCUGCUUAAAAAGACUCUGGAUCAGUCAGAGCUGCAGGGUGAUGGGAUAGCUUUGUCUCUGGAGGAACAGCUGUGUGCCCUCUCUCUGUCAGAGCCCUCUGACUCUGACCCCAAGUCCACUGUCUCCCUCAAUGGCAGUCGCUUCAGUUCUGAGCUCUUUGAGCAGAGCCGUGAGAGCACCAAGAUUUCAGCCAUCCUUACAGAGUUGCGGGAGAUCCGCAAGAAAAAUCAGAAAAGUGUAAUUGUGUCCCAGUGGACCAGUAUGCUGCACAUUGUAGCUGUUCACUUAAAGAAGAUGGAUCUGCACUUUGGAGUUAUAGACGGUACAGUCAACCCCAAACGGCGCAUAGACCUAGUGGAAGAAUUCAACACCAACCCUAAAGGACCACAGGUAAUGCUGGUGUCUUUAUGUGCUGGAGGAGUGGGUCUUAAUCUGACUGGUGGGAACCAUCUGUUCCUCAUAGACAUGCACUGGAACCCAGCGCUGGAGGACCAGGCCUGUGACAGAAUCUACAGAGUCGGUCAGCGCCUGGACGUUACCAUUCACAAGUUUGUGUGUGAGGGAACAGUGGAGGAUAAGAUCUCCUCUCUGCAGGAGAAAAAAAAGGAGCUUGCUCAGAAAGUCCUGUCUGGAACUGGCUCCUCCUUCACCAAGCUCUCCCUGGCAGACCUCAGGGUCAUCUUUGGGGUGUAAGAUAUGUGAUCAUACUGUGGAUCAGAGUGUAACCAGUAUUCAUCUUGAUCAGAAUGUUUGAAUAUGUCACACACAUCCAUAAAACUUAUCAGCUGUGUUACUCAUUACAGACGCUUUAUGUCAGAUACCUACAACACUGCAUGUUCUUACAGAAUUGUUCUUAUAUAUGUACUGUAUCAUUGCUGCAAAAUACUAAAUCAAUCCUAGACUGGUGCCACAUGGUACUGCUGUAAUACCUCAAACAUGUCAUUAAGGGCUUGAAAAGGAAAAAUGCCUUAUGCCAGAUCACUGUGGAUUUUAACUGUGGUUGCCUUUCCAGAUUUGAGAUUAAGUGCUAGUACACUACUUGAUCAGUGCUGUAUUUGGUACUUCUGUUGAUCCAGAAAGGGUGCAGUGUUUUCAAUUGUUAGUUCAGAUUUCUCUGAUGUUCUCUUAUUUCUAAAGUAAGUGGGUUUAUUAGUGAUAAAGAAGGUUGAGCAGAUACCUGUUGAAUCUGCAGCCUUUUAGGUUUAAAACAAGUGAGUGAAAGCAUCCCAAAGUGAGCACCACUACACUAUUCAUAAGCAGAGCAGCCAGUAACUCUAUCCCAUCAUAUUUACAGUUUUUGUUUGUACUUUGCCUUGUUUAUUGUUCUGUACUUUGAUAUGAAUGUUUUUGAGUGUCUUGUCUAUGUUUUUAUGGCACUUCAUGCUUUGAUUUUAUAAAUUAAAAUAUAAUCAAUUUCUUUCA